AUGCCAGAGCCAGUCGAACGCCGCAAAUCACGGAUCAGGAAACUCACGGCUGCUCAUGUCGUUAUUGUCAUUGCUUUCAUUGGUCUCCUACUUGGUGCUUACAAGGCAUCUCGUAACUAUAGGCCUCAGGUUCGCCCUCUGGUGAACGCCCUCAGCAAUGGUAGCUCAAUCUUUGCUCCAACGACUAUCUUCAUCUCGCUUGACGGGUUUCGCGCCGAUUUCCUCUACCGCAAUAUAACACCAUCACUGAGUGCCUUCGUCCAAGCUGGCACCUCUCCAGAAUACAUGACCCCUUCGUUCCCCAGCGUGACUUUCGUUAAUCACAACUCGCUAGUCACGGGUCUAUAUCCCGAAUCGCAUGGUAUUGUGGGAAAUAGCUUCUGGGAUCCUGAAUUCAAGGAAGAUUUCUUCUAUACUGAUCCUGCCAGGAGCAUGCAGCCUAAGUGGUGGACUGCUGAGCCUAUAUGGGUCACCGCCGAGAAUCAGGAUGUCCGCACCGCUAUUCAUAUGUGGCCUGGGUCCGAAGCUCACAUCGGUACUGAGCCCACAUUUGUUGACAAAUACGAAGGCCACGAGUUGCUCAAAAAUAAGGUUGACCGUAUCCUCGGCCUGCUGGACCUUCCUGGACCUCUUGAUAAAGACGCAAGUCUUGAUAGGCCUCGACCACAAUUGAUUGCUGCUUAUGUGCCGGAUGUUGAUCGUGAUGGUCAUUUGUAUGGCCCGAACAGUACCGAAAUCAGAUCCACUAUAUCUAGUGUCGACGCCAUGUUGGGUCAGCUGUUCUCGGGACUCGAACAGCGAAACUUGACAGAUAUUGUGAACAUUGUCAUAGUUUCUGACCACGGUAUGGCUACAACGUCCACAUCUCGCCUGGUUCAACUCGACGAUAUUAUCGAUAUGUCCCUUAUAGAGCGUACAGAUGGUUGGCCGCUAUACGGACUUCGCCCUAAGAACGAGUCGGACAUUGAGCCUCUAUACAAUCACCUGAAGCAAGAAGCGACAAACAUGGAGGGAUUCGAUGUCUACCUGAAAGAUCGCGAUAUGCCUGAACGCUAUCAUUUCUCGCAUAACGACCGUAUUGCACCUCUUUGGGUCAUACCUUGGACCGGAUGGGCCAUCGUAGUCAAAGAGGAGUUCAAUGUUGAGGAAGCGAAGAAGACUGGUCAAGUGUAUCAUCCUAUAGGUGUACAUGGAUACGAUCAUGAACAUCCUCUGAUGCGAGCCAUAUUUGUGGCCAGAGGUCCUGCUUUCCCUCAUACACCGGGUAGUAAGCUAGAACCCUUCCAGAACAUCGAGGUCUACAAUCUCGUCUGCGACUCUAUCGGGGUUGUACCUAAUCCUAAUAACGGCACACUACGUCUACCGCUCAAGCCUAUUGGACUGCACGGCUCUAUGCCACCUAAAAAUCUUCCGGAAGAUAUGCCAGAGGACUCGUCCAACUCGAUCGCGAUGUCGACAGAAACUACGAUAGGGGCUCUGUCCUCAACCCAGGCUUCUCGACCAACGAUCGCUACCACGGAUGCUGCUGCUCCAACGCGACCAGUGAUCCACGACGACGUAAGCCAAGAAGAUGAAGAUAACAAUGGCAAAGACACAAACUUGUGGUGGGACUGGGUCAAGGGAAAGCUGGAUGGUGCUAAAGACUGGGCCACUGGAGUUUAUGAUAAAGUGUCCGACAAGAUCUCAGGUGCUGCAUCAAACUCAGGGGGCGGUGACAAAUGA